GGGGGGCCGCCGGCGCGCAUCUGUUUGUGAGAGCAAUACUGAGGCCGCGUCCAACCCCCUCGGGCCGAGAUUCCCCCAGCCCAGGCCCACCCCCCACCCCCCGCACACGCCCCCCCCCCAGCCUCUUACGGCACCAGCGGAGGCACCCAAGAGGAUUACCCCCCUUUGCCCUCUCUCCCACCCACCCCAAAAAGAGAAGAUCCCCUCCCCUGGCCCACCCCUUCCCCUCUUCCCUCCCCCUCCCCCCGAACUUUCCCUCUCGCAUGCUUUUCCCCUGCACCACGGAUCGCCUCUCGGAUGCCGCUUGCCUGGAAGCUGCGUUAGGAGCGAGCGGCGGCGGCGGCGGCGGCGGCGGCGGCGGCAGCUCGGGAGUGCUAUGACCGGCAAACUCGCCGAGAAGCUGCCGGUGACCAUGAGCAGUUUGCUAAACCAACUGCCUGACAAUCUGUACCCCGAGGAGAUCCCCAGCGCGCUCAACCUCUUCUCCGGCAGCAGCGACUCGGUAGCCCAUUACAAUCAGAUGGCUACAGAGAAUGUGAUGGACAUCGGUCUGACCAACGAGAAGCCCAACCCGGAACUCUCUUAUUCGGGCUCCUUCCAGCCAGCCCCCGGCAACAAGACCGUGACCUACUUGGGAAAGUUCGCCUUCGACUCCCCUUCCAACUGGUGUCAGGACAACAUCAUUAGCCUCAUGAGCGCUGGCAUCUUGGGGGUGCCGCCGGCCUCAGGGGCACUCAGCACGCAGACCUCCACGGCCAGCAUGGUGCAGCCGCCGCAGGGCGACGUGGAGGCCAUGUAUCCGGCGCUGCCCCCCUAUUCUAACUGCAGUGAUCUCUACUCGGAGCCUGUGUCUUUCCACGACCCCCAGGGCAACCCCGGGCUCGCCUAUUCCCCCCAGGAUUACCAAUCGGCCAAGCCGGCCUUGGACAGCAAUCUCUUCCCCAUGAUUCCUGACUACAACCUCUAUCACCACCCCAACGACAUGGGCUCCAUUCCGGAGCACAAGCCCUUCCAGGGCAUGGACCCCAUCCGGGUCAACCCGCCCCCUAUUACCCCUCUGGAGACCAUCAAGGCAUUCAAAGACAAGCAGAUCCACCCGGGCUUUGGCAGCCUGCCCCAGCCGCCGCUCACGCUCAAGCCCAUCCGGCCCCGCAAGUAUCCCAACCGACCCAGCAAGACCCCGCUCCACGAGCGGCCCCACGCGUGCCCGGCGGAGGGCUGCGACCGCCGUUUCAGUCGCUCGGACGAGCUGACCCGGCACCUGCGCAUUCACACGGGCCACAAGCCCUUCCAGUGCCGGAUCUGCAUGCGGAGCUUCAGUCGCAGCGACCACCUAACCACUCACAUCCGCACGCAUACGGGCGAGAAGCCCUUUGCCUGCGAGUUCUGCGGGCGCAAGUUUGCGCGCAGCGACGAGCGCAAGCGCCACGCCAAGAUCCACCUCAAGCAAAAAGAGAAGAAGGCGGAGAAGGGGGGUGCGCCCUCUGCGUCCUCGGCGCCCCCCGUGUCCCUGGCCCCUGUGGUCACCACCUGCGCCUGAGGCUCGGGCCCCCAGAUCCCCACUUUUCCCCUGCAGUGUCUCCCAGCUGCUCGCCUGAAAGCAGCGGGAAAGCUAGCCACGGAGGCGCAGGGGCCGCGCCCUGGCCUCUCCAUGGACGUAAGGUCCCUUGUUCCCCUUCGAUGUCCCCCGUUUCCACCCUUUCACACCGGCCAACGGUCGGGGGCCAGGGCAGGAGGUGCCCUCCCUUCGCUGCCCCCCCCUAACCAAGGCGUGGGGGCGGAAAGGUGGCGUCUAGCCCGCUUUGUUCAGUUCGGAUCGUCUUGAUCCAGGGGCCGCUGGGCCGCGCCAAGGACCUGCGGGGGACUGAAGGCGGGGCCCGCCCAAGCUUCGCCCGACCCAAGCACCUCACGGUUCCCCCCACGUCUCUCUCGGUUCCCCCUCGAAGACCCGAGAGGGGGAGGGGGUAAGGAGCGCACCAAAGCGCAGAGCUUGCUGCCCGCCGCACGCACGCGCGCCUGCGUGCGGGGAUGCGCGCGAGUGUGCGUGCUCGCGUGAGUGUUAUGUGUGUGGGUGUGUGGGUGUGUGUGCGCGCGCGCGCACGCGUGUGUGUGUGUGUGUGUGGGUGUGUGUGUGUGACUCUUGAGCUGAACUGGGCUGUGUCCACCCCAAACUCUUCCCCACAUCGGGUCCCCAGGCCGCUGGGGGAAUGUCCCAGGUUGGGGGCCUGCACGUGGCCGGAUGAGACGGUCUUCCAUCUGCUCGGAAAGAAUGUUUCUUACAGAAAUGCCUCGGAUGCCGCCGCCGCGGGGCUGCUACCGCCGUGUGGGGUUCGGCCCCUCAGUACCCCUCCUUUUCCGAGCGCUUCCCUCUUAGGCCUCAGGGCAGUUUGAUCUGCGGGGAGAAGGAACAGCUAUCACUAAACCUGCCUUGUAACAAAUCUAUUUCCUCAGCCCCACUUUUCAAAAUCGGUGUUCCUGAGCUCGCCCUCUGCGCCUUCUCCCCCUCCUCCCCCUUCUCUCUCAAGCCUUUUCCCACCUCUUUCAAAAUCUUCUUCCAGAAAGGCAGGCCUCAACCAGCCACCUCAUUUCACCAUCUUUUUGUUUUCACUCACUCAUACCCAUUUCUCCUUCCCCCCAUGGAUGGGAAAGCAGGCUCAUUUUUCGUUCUUUGUCAUCGCCAACACAACAGGUAGAAUACAGAUCUAUGUAUACGGUGUGUGUGUGUGUGUGUAUGCGUGUAUGUGUAUAUGCACACACGCAUACAUAUCUCACACACACACACACACACACUAUGUACUCCUAGCAAAAUAAUAUCUCUAAGGUACUUGGCUAUCCAGUGCAGUGCACCGGAAUAAAGAGAAUUUGUAGGUAUAUAAGCUUUAAAUGAUUUAUUUUUAUGAAAAAUGUAACUGAUGAGAUUAUAUCUACAUAGGUGUGUGUAGGUAUCUAUAAACAUAUAUAUGUAUGUAUGUAUGUACACCUGCGUAUACACACAUACACACAUCUUUGUCCAAAUUUUCCUUAAAGAUAUGGGUAUUUUUGCAUUAAUCCAUGUUGCUGAAUGAGGCGUACCUUUUCGCAACCCAGUCUCACUUUCUCCCCGCCCUACCUCACCUCUUCUCAGGCACCCCCUCUUCCCCAGCGCUUCCCCCACACAGGGGUGACUCUCUUGAAGUGGAGCAGGAGGGAAGGUUGCUCUCUGACACAGCUUCCAGCACAGUCGUGACUGAAUGCACUGUUCCCUCUUAGCGUUACUUCUCCUGUGGUCGCUAAGCUGCCCAGAGAGAAGGAACAAAGGUCUGGAGUUUACAGAAUGUCUGUUUUUAAAGUCACUUUAUGCGUUUCCCACUUUUUUUUUUUU